AUGAAGCUCACGAUUACACUAUUGGCCGCCGCCGUUGCGGUCUCGGCGUCGCAGCAACACCAGCACGCUCACCAGCAUCUUCACGAGAAGAGAGAUCCGACACCCGCUGCUCCUGCUGUAGCCGAAGCCACUGAGUACGUCUAUAUCUUGGGGGGCAAGCCUAUCUCCGAGGACGACGUCAACAGGGGCAUCAAGAACGGAACGCUCGUGUGGGCCGACAAUGGUGCUCUUGCCGCGGCUCCUCCUGUCAAGGCUGCUCCAGCGGCGACCUCUAAGCCUGCCCCGGCGCCUGCGCCCUCUCAACAAGCUGCCGCCGCCCCGGCCGCUGUCGCUGUCUCCGCGAAUGUCGCAGUGAACGUCGGAUCCGGCAACAAGCCGAGCGGCGGUUCACCCAGCGGCGGUGGUGGCGUCGACACUCCCUUCCCGGACGGCACUCUCGACUGCAGCCACUUCCCGUCGGACUACGGCGCGGUUGCUGUCGACUACCUCCACCUCGGUGGCUGGAUCGGAGUGCAAAAUCCUAAGAGCAAUGUUGGUGGAUUGUUGGACGCGAUCGAGACCGUCGUUUCCAGCCUCUGCCUCGGUGGCAACUGCUGCCAGGAGGGUAUGUUCUGCUCGUACGCCUGCCCGCCUGGCUACCAAAAGUCGCAAUGGCCGGAAUCGCAGGGCGCCACUGGUCAAUCCGUUGGUGGUCUUCAGUGCAAGAAUGGCAAGCUCCGUCUGACCAACACUGGCCUGAGCUCCAACCUCUGCAUUAAGGGUAGCGACCAGAUCACCGUCCAGGUCAAGAACACCCUCGGCAAGAACGUCGCUGUCUGCCGUACUGACUACCCUGGUACCGAGUCCGAGACCGUACCCGUUGAUGUGGCUGGUGGUAGCACCAACCCCUUGGCCUGCCCUGACGCCGACAAGUACUACAAAUGGAAGGGCGGUGCGACCUCUGCUCAGUACUACAUUAACCCGGCUGGUGUCCCCGUCUCCGAUGCUUGCCAAUGGGGAACUGCUGCCAACCCGUGGGGUAAUUUCGCGCCCACCAACCUCGGUGUCGGCUGGAAGGACGGCCGCGCGUGGCUCUCUGUUUUCCAAAACCACCCGACUACUGAUGCCAAGCUCGACUACACGAUCACCAUCAAGGGUGACGGCAUCAGCGGCACUUGCCGAUACCAGAACGGUCAAUACUGUGGCGGUGCCAACUACAACGACUGCAGCUCCACCGGAGGUUGCACUGUAUCAUUUGGCCCUGGCAGCACCGCCACCUUCGAGAUCUCAUAG